GCCACCACGCCAUAUCGGCAAAUCUCUGAAGCGGAGCGGGCACAUCGCCUCGAGUCUUGCUUGCCCCCACCUUCCCCCCUCCCACCACCACCACCACCACCACCGCCGCCGAGAGCCGGGAGACAGACACGCCAGCAAAUCCGGACGACCGGGCGAGCGACCCGUCCCGGCCGCGGCAUGGGCUUCCCGGUGGGCUACUCGGAGCUGGUGCUCCCGAAGCAGCUGCUCCACCUCCUCCUGCUGCUGGGGUACAUCCGGCGCUUCCUCCUCUCGGCGUUCCACGCCGUGGGCCUCGGCGACCUGCUGGAUCUCGGGGACGACCACCAGGCGCUGCUGCAGGACCACCACCACGGCGUAGGCGCCGGCGGCGCGCAGCAGGGGCGGGACCACGGCGCGCAGGCAGAGGUGCUGGUGCUGCAGCACCGCCGGCCGGAGUUCCGCGCGGUGCCGGCGAUGGUCAUCGAGGAGGUGCUCCCCGUGGUGCGGUUCGACGAGUUGGCGGCCUGCGUCGGCGGCGACUGCGCCGUGUGCCUCAGCGGCAUCGGCGGCGGCGACGAGGUGCGCCGGCUCAGCAACUGUCGCCACGCCUUCCACCGCGGCUGCCUGGACCGCUGGAUGGAGCACGACCAGCGCACCUGCCCACUCUGCCGCGCCCCGCUCAUCCCCGACGAGAUGGCCGGCGCUCUCUGGGCCGCCGCCGCCGGCGUGCCCGACGCCUCCGACUUCGACUUCUUCUACUUCGGCGCGCCGCUCACGCCGGUGUCCUCCCCGACGCUGCUGCGGCCGCACGAGCUGCUGCUCAGCGGCCUCGGCGGCUACCAGUGAACUCCGCGCCCGCGCGGAAGCGACCGGCCCUGCGGAAUGCGCGGACGGAAGAGGAGAGAAGCGCAGCAGCGGAGGCACAGCAGAAGCGGAGGGGCGCCCUUGGCUCGAAUUGUACAUAGGCAAAAUGAGUAAAGCGACCACCCCCCAUAAAAAGGCUAGGAGAUUAGAUUCCUCUUGUGCAUAGGUAGAUUCCGUCUUCCAAGUUUGUGGAGUUGUGAAUCUUUGCGCGGAUUAAUUUUGUUGAGCUAGGCGUUCCGAUCCAA